GCUCUGCCAGGAGAUGGGCACUUCCUGUGAAGGUCAGUUUCCUGGGAAGCUGGCUGUUAAAAUCCAACUGGGGAUAGCACUGCUGUAUAUCUGUGUCUUCUCUUGUAUGGGAUGACAUGAGAGCUCUGGGAGAGGCAUAUUGGUGCACACAGCUCUGAGGGGGCACAUUUAUCUUUGCACUUGCAUAGCAUUGGGCUCCUUGCAGGGUUUUAUAGAUUUUUAGAGCUGAAAACCAAAGCUAAAUAGGAGUGGGAUCCAUUUUUUUGGUAAUAUAGUGGGAAAAAAGGAGAGAUUUGAUUUUGCAGAUCCCAGGGGAUCAGUAGGAGUCACUCCCUGCAGAGAACCUUCCCUUGGCAGCUCCAGUUAGUGCAGUCCAACAUGUUCAGCUGGCUGGGGACUGAUGACCGCAAGAAGGACCCUGAGGUGUUCCAGACAGUCAGCGAUGGCCUGAGGAAGCUCUACAAGACCAAGCUGCUCCCCCUGGAAGAAUAUUACAAAUUCCAUGAAUUUCAUUCGCCGGCUCUGGAGGAUGCAGAUUUUGAUAACAAGCCCAUGGUCCUGCUGGUUGGACAGUACUCUACAGGGAAGACCAGCUUCAUCAGAUACCUUCUAGAGCAGGACUUCCCAGGGAUGCGCAUUGGACCCGAACCCACAACGGACUCUUUCAUUGCAGUGAUGCACGGGGAUGUGGAGGGAGUGAUUCCUGGCAACGCUCUAGUGGUAGAUCCCAAGAAACCUUUUAGGAAACUCAAUGCAUUUGGGAAUGCCUUCCUGAAUAGAUUUGUUUGCGCCCAACUGCCCAAUCCCGUGCUGGAGAGCAUCAGCGUCAUCGACACGCCGGGAAUCCUGUCCGGAGAGAAACAGAGGAUAAGUCGAGGGUAUGACUUUGCUGCUGUGCUGGAAUGGUUUGCAGAAAGAGUCGACCGUAUCAUCCUUCUGUUUGAUGCGCACAAGUUGGACAUCUCCGACGAGUUCUCAGAAGUCAUAAAGGCCUUGAAGAACCAUGAAGACAAAAUGCGUGUGGUCCUCAACAAAGCCGACCAGAUCGAGACCCAACAGCUGAUGAGGGUUUACGGCGCCCUCAUGUGGUCUUUAGGAAAGAUCGUUAACACACCAGAAGUUAUUCGCGUUUACAUCGGAUCUUUCUGGUCCCACCCACUCCUCAUCCCCGACAAUCGCAAGCUGUUUGAGGCCGAAGAGCAAGAUCUCUUCCGGGAUAUCCAAAGUCUACCGCGGAAUGCGGCUCUCAGGAAACUUAACGACCUGAUCAAAAGAGCCCGUCUGGCAAAGGUCCAUGCCUAUAUCAUUAGUUCUCUGAAGAAGGAGAUGCCCGCCGUGUUUGGGAAGGACAACAAGAAGAAGGAACUCAUUGCAAGUUUGGGAGAGAUUUACACCCGAAUUGAACGAGAGCACCAGAUCUCCCCGGGAGAUUUCCCCAACCUGAAGAAGAUGCAGGAUCAGUUGCUGGCACAAGACUUUAACAAGUUCCAGCCACUGAAGAGCAAGCUCCUCGAGACAGUGGAUGAUAUGCUUGCCCACGAUAUUUCCCACCUGAUGGUACUAGUCAGGCAGGAGGAGACGCAGAAACCAGUUCAGGUGGUGAAAGGAGGAGCCUUUGAUGGUACCCAGAACGGGCCCUUUGGCCACGGAUAUGGAGAGGGGGCAGGAGAAGGGAUUGAUGAUGCUGAUUGGGUGGUAUCCAGGGACAAACCUAUGUACGAUGAGAUCUUUUAUACCCUCUCUCCCGUCAAUGGAAAAGUCACGGGCGCCAACGCAAAGAGAGAGAUGGUGAAGUCCAAGCUGCCCAACUCGGUGCUCGGGAAAAUCUGGAAACUGGCCGAUAUAGACAAGGACGGGAUGUUGGACGAUGAGGAAUUUGCUUUAGCCAAUCAUCUUAUUAAGGUUAAAUUAGAGGGGCACGAGCUUCCCAAUGACAUUCCUUCUCACCUCGUCCCCCCGUCCAAGCGAAAGGUGCACGAAUAAAACAAUAGAAUGCAGAAUGAGAGAUAGAGACGGAGAGCCAACUCUUCUCCUUGUUACCUGUAUACCUAAUGUGAAAUGGCUCUUCCAUAUAUCCAAAAUGCUGAACCAAAAUGUAGCUUCCAUUAACAACGUAACCCUUAUUGCUUUCAUGCUCGUUACAUGUACUAAACCCAAAGGGAAGAUGGACUUCAGGAGACAUUGGACUUUCCAUUUCUCCAGCCCGUGUUAUGUAUUCUAUUAUUUUCAUGCGAUAGGGACACCUCAUUGUAGUGUCGGCAGAGUAUUACUGGCAGUUGGAGCGUUGAUACAGAGGCCUCUGUGUAUCCCAUGGGCAGAUACCUCCAAUGAUAUUAAGCUAUUUCUUUUUAACUGUCUGUAUUAAUGAGUAUCCUUUAUUGAGCGACUUCAAGGAGAACUAAACCUUGUCAUGUA